AUGAUAACAUUACAUCGAAUCUCGCAUUUUACUUGUCGACACGCACGAUCGAUUAUAUUCACACGAGCGAUUCAUAUUGAAUCUGAUCCAAAUGAAAAAAUUAUUCCUCUAUCUAAAUUCGAUUUAAGUAAACCAUUAAUUGGGCGAACUAGUGCUGAACAUACUGCCAUAUCAUUACUUCGUCCAGAUAUGCCUAGUGAUGCUGAAUUACUUAAAGUAGCUAUUAUUGGAGCUCCUAAUGCUGGAAAAAGCACAUUUGUUAAUCGUCUCAUGGGUUGGAGGAUUUCAUCUGUAUCCAAACGACCACAUACAACUCGACAUCGAAUUACAGGAGUUUUGACUGAUGCUAAUAAACAAAUUGUUUUUCUUGAUACACCUGGUUUUGUUGCACCAUGGAGAAAAAAACGACAUAAUCUUGAAAAAUCAAUGAUUCUCGAUCCUCAUUCGUGCCUAUGGGAUGCUAAUUUGAUUUGUGUUGUACAUGAUGUUUCUAAUCAUUGGCUUCGUUUUAAACUUGAUGAAGAAAUUCUUAAAUGUCUUUAUGCUCAUCCUGAUAAAGAAGCUAUACUUAUUCUUAAUAAAGUGGAUUCAAUAAAACGUAAACGAAUGUUACUUGAUGUUACAACAGUUCUUACAGAUGGUUCACUUAAUGGAAUUCCAUAUCGUCUUGAUUCUCCGUAUCAUCGUAAUGGUGAACUUGAUAUGGAACGUUUAUUUCUUAAAACAGCUCACGAAAUGAAUAUACAAUUACCAAAAACAGAACAUGAUAUUAAAAAAGAACGUUUAUUAACUGAUAUGAAAGAAUAUGAAAAUAAAUUAUUAAAUAUUCAAUUAGAAAAUGUUAAUCUUGAUUUAGAAGAAAAACAAAUUCAAGAAUUAGUAGUUCAACAUGAAAAAAAUAGUUUAACAUUAGAACAACUUUCAGAUGAUAUAUCUUCUCAUAUACCAUAUAAAUCAAUGAAUGAUAUUAAUCCAUUUGAAUUUAAAAAAGAUUUAAUGGAAACAACAAAUUGGCAUUUAUAUUAUAAAAAAUUAUCACAAAUUCGUUUAUUUACAAGAGCUCGUUCAACAUGGCCAUAUUUUAAUCAAGUUUUUAUGAUAUCAUCUAAAAAAAAUCAAGGCAUAGGAGCUGUUCGAAAAUAUCUUUUCUCACGUACAAAAUCAGCAUCAUGGAUGUUUCAUCGAAAUUUUGUUACAGAUCAAUAUCCACAAGAAAUAGCAGAAAUGUGUAUACGUGAAAAAAUGUUAGAAUAUUUACCAGAAGAAAUUCCUUAUAGUUAUCUUAUGACAAAUGAACGAUGGGAAUUAGAUGAGAAUAAUGUUCUCAAUAUGACAUUUCUAAUAUAUCCUCGAGCUAAACAAUU